AUGGGUCGUUGGAAACAUGAGGACAUAUUCGGCGAGUUCAAUACUGGGUCCAACAACAGCAACUCAUCAGAUUCGGAUGACGAAAUCGUCCUCCCCACUUAUGAAUACAUGGCAGAUAUAACUCCGACUCGAUUUGCUCCAACUCCGGUGACAUGGGAGCCCUCACCUAUUGGCAUUCCGACCAUAUCAUAUGAUGGAGAUUGCCUUAUUUACAAAUUGUUGGAUGACGCAAUCUUGGAGGAGAUUACUUUGACCAAAACCAAAUUAGGAGAAAUAGAAGGCCGCCUAGUUGAAUUGCUCACCACUAUUGAAGAAGAGAAGAAGAAGCUUCAGGAGAUGGUCAACCUUUACAAGGAACAUAACGACAAACUCAUUGAGAUGGUAACCAAAGUUGUAAGAAGUGACCAGGAAAUCAAUGACCUAAAGGAGAUGGCUUUCAAUCUUCAAGCAAAUGUGACGAAUUUGGAAACGGAUUUGAAGAGCUAA